UGGCCAAAUAGGUGGUAACAGCCACCCAACCCAACCAACCCCCCAAGUGGCACAAAGUGAUAAAUAAACCUACAACCCGCCGGAAUAGUGCAUACCCAGAUAGUGCUAUAUCUUAAGCGUUUUCACCAGCUGUAAUCGGGAGCCAUGAGGAUCCAGCGGCACUUUGUGUUGGGUCUGCUCGGUGUGCUCUCCGUGGCCAUCGUUGGCAGCCACUCGAAGGCUGUCGUGGACCAGCAGCCUGCCGCUUCCCAGGUGGACAGCAAGAGCGUCGCCCAGCAGAGGAUCGAUCUCGGGGGACUGGGUGAUUCUCUGUUCCACGAGCAUCACAUUCACGAACAUGUCGAACACCAUGAGCAUCAUCACGAUCCCGGGUAUUGGAAGAAGAAGGUGACCUGGAAGGAGGGCUGGAAGAAGAUUUGGAAUCCGGCCAAGAAGCAGAUCUGGAAUCCUUCGUGGAAGAAGAUCUGGAAGCCCCAUUGGGUAAAGGUGCCCGGCUGGAAGGAAAUCCAGGUUCCUGCCUGGAAGCAGAUUUGGGUUCCCCAUUGGAAAGAGAUUCUAGUGCCCGCCUGGAAGGACAUUCAAGUGCCUGAUUACAAGCAGAUUUGGACACCAGAAUUGGUCAAGGUUGGCAUUCCCGGUGAAAAAUAUCUGGGCAAGGAUCAUGAAGGUUGGGAGUACACUAGCCACGAUUUGUGGAAGAAGAAAGUGGUCUGGAAGUCGCACUGGAAGAAGAUCUGGAAGCCAGCCAAGAAGCAAAUCUGGGUGCCCGAGAAGAAGCUGGAGUGGAAGGAGGCAUGGAAGCAGUACUGGAAACCGGCCAAGAAGGAAAUCUGGACCGAUAAGUUGGAAUGGAAGGAGGCAUGGAAGCAGAUCUGGGUGCCCGGCUGGAAGGAGAUCUGGGUGCCUGGCUGGAAAAAGAUCUGGAAGCCCGUGGUCAUCUCUGAAUGGUUCCCCUCCCCCGAUCACCACCAUGAGCACCAUGAGCACCACGGACAUGGCUGGGAUUGGGAUCGCAAGGAUACCGGUACCGCCGCCUCUGCUGCCGCUCCCGCAACAUCGGCUGUAAAGGAUAAGGUGGUUUGGAAACGAGAUGAUACCAAUGCUGCCGGAAAGCCCACGCUCCUACAGCCUGUGGCCAGUGCCGACUUCCAGGCCAAGGCCCUGGAGGCGGCCAACUCACCGGUGGCCGUUCCCGUCGCUGCCUCGGUGGCAGCCACCUCGCAGUCAUUCAAGUUUCCCGGCGCGUAGGCGUCGUUCAGCAUCCGCCAUUGCAUCACUGAGACGCCCAGUCCCCACCAGCUCCUUGUAAAUAGUCGUAAACCAGUCGCUAGCUCAUAAGGCCAUCCAUCCACUUCCAUCUGCCUUGGCGCCACUUUAAAUUAUCUCUAGGUUUUAAUUACCAGCCGAAAGUGAAUACAAAAUAAAAGAUAAAUAACUAAAAACUAA